AUGGAAGUCAUGGCCAAGUUGUCCCGUUUCUUUGAGCAUGACCCUAAGCGUGCAUUAUCUCGUGCCAUAUCUAUUCUCAAUGAGAUUCUUGCUCAAAGUAUACCAAAUGAUCCUUCUCCUUCACUUCAAGAGGUUGUUGCUUACUGCUUGAUGUGCAUUUCUUGCCAAGAUGAUGGUGCUGCAUUGACAAUUGCAAUGGGUACACAGGGUGUUACACAUUCUUUGAUAAGGUUAUUGGCUCAUUCGAAGGGGAAGAUGCGGGAAGUUCUGAUUAAAUUGUUCAUGGUUCUUGUCAAUUUCAGUAAUGUAAGUAGGAAAACAUUUUUUUUCGGUGGCGGAUUUCGAGUCAUCAUGAACUUGUUGAAUUCAAAUAAGAAUGAUAAUAUUAGGUUGUAUCUGUUAGAGAUUUUGAGUAUGUUAGCAUUGCAAAAGGAUGUCAGGAAUGAACUCAUUAGAUUAGGAGCUCUUCAUCUUAUUGUGGAGGCUGCUGGUAGAGGCAGCAUGAUCUCUAGGGAAAGAGCAUGUCAAUCAAUUGAAUUUCUAGGUGGAGACCCAAGCGAGAUUGAGUAUGAGCUUAUUAAAUUAGGAGCAGUACCACUGCUUGUGGAGUUGUUGCGUGAUGGAGAUCAAACAACUAAGCUUAUAGCUGCCAAAUAUAUUCGUAGGUUAUCUGCUCAUGUUAAUGGUAACACUAGACCAUUUACUGAAGCUGGGGCUAUCCUUCUUUUUGUUGAGCUCCUUCAAGGACCUGAUCCUUAUGGUAAGGGGAUAGCUGAGGACGUGCUUUCUGAAUUGGCUAUUAGAGAGCAUAGUGAUGUUGAAAUUGUUGGGCACUUGGUGAGAAUUCUUAGAGAAGGUGAUCAUGAAUCAAAAGUAUCAGCGACCAAUGUGAUGUGGGAUCUAUCCGGUGGCCGAAUCUCAUCAUCUGUGAUCCGGGAUUCGGGCGCAAUCCCAGUCCUUGUUGUGCUUUUAAGGAGUGGAACUGAGAAGGUAAUGGAGACUGUUUCUAGGGUAUUUGCUGAGCUAAGCUAUGAUGGAGCUGAUAGAUUGGCCCUUGCUAAGGCAGGAGCAAUUCCAAUUCUCAUGCUGGUGAGAUUUGAGUAUUUGGCAUCGAUUCGCUCGUUGAAAGUAAAAUAUGAGCAGGAUAAAAAUGAAGAACUUUGCUCAUGCGCAACAGCAGGGGAUAUAAGAGUUUUCAUAUGUGUUAUUGUAGAUUUCGGCACUCGGGUCACAGACAAUGGGAGGGAGAGUAUUAAUUGA